UGUACGAGCUUUGGCUAAAAUCCGGAUUCCGGAACUGAGAGAUUAGAGAAGACGCCUGCUAGAGAAAUUAUACACGUAACAUUUAACGCUAGUAUAUUUUUAAAGCAGGACCUGAAUUUAGAACUAGAAGAAUGGAUACACCCAGGAAAAAUAAUGAUUGCUACUUCUAUUAUUAUUCAACGUGCUUAAAAGGUGAUGGUUGCAUGUUCCGCCAUGAACCUUCAGCACUGGGCUGUGAAACAGUAUGCUCAUUCUGGCAGCAAGGAAAAUGCCUGAACCAACAUUGCAACUUUCGACAUAUGCAAUUGAGAAAAAACCGUAAGAUGAUUCCAUGUUACUGGGAGAACCAGCCUGGUGGUUGUCGGAAACCUCACUGCUCAUUUCAACAUAAAAAUCCCCGAGUACCGCCUACAGUAACUGACAUGGAAAAAGCUAAAGAAUGUGAAGCGGUAGCAGGAGGCAAACCUCUAGAAAGAUCUGACUGGCCUAGGCAAACAGUUAUGGUUGAGGGGGGACAGUAUGAAGAAUGUGUAGGGAGCACUGACAGUGAUUCAGGACGUGUGGGCCCACGCCGUGUAAGUCAGGGCAGUGAGGCAAGCUAUGGCAGUCCACCUGUCGACCCACUUGUCGUCAACUUUGAAGAAGAGUCAGAUAGUGAAAGUAUCCCUACAUCAACCCCCAUUAAGAAGCGGCAACAGAAGAACUUGCGUGUUAAAACGCUGGAGGAGAUCAAACUGGAGCGUGUUCAGGCUGAGUCUGCAGCUUUCUAUGCCUACAACAGCACACCUGUGAAACCAGAAUCUGACACUACCGUUGCCUCCACUCCUACUUCUAGUUGGGACAGCGAGGGAGACAGUGAUCUUCGAGCCAAGAUCCUAUCCAGGAAAUCCCACCGUAACUCAAAAGCUGAUGUAGACUUUCGAGUUAUGACUCUUGAUGAGAUAAGAAAAAGGAGACCACAUGAAGAGGGCCAUUAUUCAGCUAUGGAAGAAAAGAUGAGUGUUGCAAUGAAUUCAAGCAUUGACAUUCCUGGUGGUGCUGUUAGUGUGAAGCAGUUUAAAAAUGGAUUCAAAGUAGAAAAUAACAGUGCCACUUCAGAGGAUAGGUUUCAAACUAGGCAAAAGAGAUUUAAGUCAGAUCACAAUUUUGAAGAAGAUAGAGUUGUUUGUCAUGAUAAAGGUACAGUUCUGUUUAAUAAGAAAGUGGAUGCAAAAAAUAAUGGUGACACUUUAACGGAACCUGUAACAGGUGGACAUUUUGUAAUUAAAACUCUGGCUCAAAUCCGGGCAGAAAAGAAUUCUCUAGUGGAAAAUACUUCUAGCUGUAGUGUCCCAGAGAGGUCAGUAGGAUCUGAUUGUUUGCCUCAGGAACUUUCUCAAAAAAAUUCAGAGACUGAAGAUGGUCUUAGAAGUGUAGGUGACAGCAAGGAUUUCCUGGUGUCUGGCUCAAAUCCAGAUGAAAAUGCCUGUUUUCAGCAAACCAACGAAACAAAGUCUGAUGGCAAAGGUACACCAAGAAGAAGGCAGUUGCAAUUAAAAAGGAAUAAUAUAGAUACUGCAGUUCAUGCUCCUAAGAGGUCCAAAGUUAUUCGACUUACUUCUGAUUUAUUAAAAGAUUCUGAAGUUACUGUUCAAGUGCCUGGAAGUGUCACCAGUAAUGUAUGUUCAGAUCCGUUGAAAACAAAUGGCACAUUAUGUUUGGAGACUGGGGGAUCUAGUUGUGUCAGGCUAGGACAGCCAGUUACAAAUAUUUCAGAAGACAGUUUUAAAUCUUGCUCUAAGUCUGUGAUGAAUUCCUGUGCCUGUGAUAAACGUUCAAGCACAUUUAAUAUUGCUGGAUCUGAUGUAGCCAAAAGCACAGAUCUCUCAUCAGAAACUACAACAAAUCCAGUAACUACCUCAGUACUUCAUGGUAAACAUCCCGAUAUGGCUCUUAGUGAAUUUGCUGGAAAUAUAAUAGGUGUUACCCACCCCUCAAAAUCACCAUCAGGUGAAAGAUUAGAAUCAAAAUUGGCAUUAGCCACAAAAAGUGUGGACUGUGUGUUAGAUGAUGUAGGAGAAAAUUGUGCCAUGAAACCUCUUUCGGUAUUGCAAACUCAGCAGGGCAAUACAGAUAUUGAUGAACUGUUGCUGGGUGAUACCGAGGAUAAUUGUGUGAUUCUGGAUGCUGAGGAAGAUAUAUUGCAAGAUAUAGAUGAUUUACUAAAUGAUUAAGUUAAUCCAUUUCUAAUUGUUAUGUAAGUCAGGUAUGGAAACCAAAAGUCCACAGUUUGUUUCGGAGCAGUUAAGACAUGUCAAAACUGUUCAGAAGUUGUGUGAUCAUAA